GUCCCGUGGUGUCCACUGUCCAGUAUAAAUCCUAUAUGUUAUUGGUCUGUGGUAUAAAUAAAUCCAAUAAAAUCAUUACCAAGAUACCAAAAUAAUAUUGAUAAACUAAAAACGAAUUCUGAUACAAAUCACAAAAUGCGGUGUUGUGUGCCUUCCUGCAAUAACUGUUCUGAAAAUUCCUCCCAAGCGGAGGGUAUCACAUUUUACAGUUUCCCCAGUGAAGGGCAUCUCCGAGCUGCUUGGCUCAGAGCCCUCGGCAAACAAGACAGCCACCUACCAGACUCUGCUGUGGUCUGCUCACAGCAUUUUCUAAAUGAUGACUUUUAUGAAACGGAAAGUGGCAUAAGGCAAAUUAGGACUGGUGCUAUUCCUUCAACAGUGCAGGUUUGCAGGAUAUGCCUAGACACUGACAGCAAACUGGUUCUAAUGAGUAAAUACAAACUGGAAGAAGAGUAUGAAAAGUUAACCCAAAAUCCAUUGUGUGAUCAAGGUAACCUAAAACAAACAGUUUGCAUACAAUGUGCUCAGAGAUUGAUAAACUUCAGUACAUUCAGAGCCAAGAGCUUGAGAGCCCGCGCACUGAUGAUGGAUUUAGUUGGAAAACAUAAAUUAGUAACAAGACAGCAUAUAAAAAUGAUAAACCGCACAAAACACCAACUCAAGAGUAAUAUGGUGUUGACAUCGCUAGGACCUGACCACUGUGACUUACACAUACUAGAACACCCCUCGGGAGACAAACAGACAGAAUCAGAGGAAACCAGACUCAAAGUUACCGUGAAAAUUGAAGAAAAUGAUGAGUCUAUGCAAGUUGAUGACAUGGAAAUGAAGAAUGAAGACGACAAUGAUGUCAAUGAUUUUGUUCAGGACCCGUUAAAGUAUGAAAGUGCUUCCUUGCAAUGUACACUUUGUUUGGAGGAAUUUGUCCAUGAACAUGUAUACAUGCAACAUAUGAACAUGCACCUCCAGAACAAUGACGGUGAUGGUGAAUGUGAUAUGUCACAAGUAUGCAAGCCUCAUACAGCUGUGAGUUCUAGCUCUUCACACUCUUCACUCAUCACUGAGAACAAGCAGGCAGCCCCCAGCCCUUGCGCACGCGCCGCGACGACCUUAGUUGCUCCUCUGCCAGAGAGUCUUGCGACAGACAACGGAAUCAAAGCUAAAGGAGAUGAUAAAACAGAGAAAUUCAUCGAAAUCGAUAUAGACUUCAAUUAUCAGGCAGCAAGUGGAAGCGGAGUCAAUACGACAGAAAAUAAACAGAGUGACAAUUUUAUGAACCCGUUAAAGUAUGAAAGUGCUUCCUUCCAAUGUACAUUUUGUUUGGAGGAAUUUGCCCAUGAACAUGCGUACAUGCAACAUAUGAACAUGCACCUCCAGAACGGUGCUGGUGAUGGUGAAUGUGACGCGUCACAAGAAUGCAAGCCUCAUACAGCUGUGAGCUCCUCACACUCUUCACUCAGCACCGAGAACAAGCAGGCAGACCCCAGCCCUUCGACGACCUUAGCCUCUCGUCUAUCGGCAAAUUUCGCAACUUUCGGCGUAACGUUACCCACUCAAGAAGCCAACACAAGCGACCAACAGAUCCCUUCAAAGCAAACUAAUGACGAAUCAAAACGGUUCGUCUGUCAGUACUGUCCGUUCCGAUGUAAAUACCAAAGUAACUUCACCACCCACAUGAGAACGCACACGGGCGAAAAACCCUUCGCCUGUACACACUGCGAUUACAAAUGCGUAACCAACAGUGGCCUCGUGAACCACAUGAGAACUCAUACAGGCGACAAACCGUAUUCUUGUAAGAUAUGUGACUUCAAAAGUUCUUACAAGGGCAACCUAGUCGGCCACAUGAGAACCCACACGGGCGAAAAACCCUUCGCCUGUACACACUGCGAGUACAAAAGCGUCACGAAUAGCGCUCUAGUCAACCAUUUGAGAACUCACACCGGUGAAAAACCAUAUUCGUGCGAAUUCUGUGAAUACAAAUGCGUAUCAAACACCGCGCUUUUGAAACACUUGAGAACUCACACGGGUGAGAAAAGGUUCUCGUGCGAACUUUGCGAAUACAAAUGCGUGUCCAACAGUGCUUUGAUGAAUCAUAUGAGAACUCACACGGGUGAGAAACCCUUUUCAUGCAAGGUGUGCGAUUAUAAGUUUGCGCAUAAAAGCCAUUUAGUGAGGCACAUGAAGACUCACACUGGUGAAAAACCGUACCUUUGCAAGUUUUGCGAGUACAGAACAGCGCAUAAGGAUAACUUGGUGAAUCAUACACGGACUCACACUGGUGAACGGCCGUAUUGGUGCGAGGUGUGUGAGUAUAAGAGUGCCGCUAAGAGCAAGUUGGUGAUUCACAUGAGAACCCACACGGGUGAGAAGCCGUUUGGGUGUGAUCUGUGCGAGUUCAAAUGUGCGGUCAAGCAUAACCUUGUGAUACAUAGGCGGUCGCACACGGGGGACAAGUAGGUUUGUGUGGGUGUGUGUGUGUGUGGGUGUGUGGGUGUGUGUGUGUGGGU